AUGGCUGAAUCAGUGGCCAAAGUGGCCCGUAGGAUCAAUGCUACAGCUGAGGAGGGCAAGGACUAUUUAGACCUGUCGAGUUGCCACCUCAUCUCGUUCCCAGACGGUGUGUUCAAAGUCCUGAGCAGUGUCACCGGAAACAUCAGAACCAUCUCUUUGGCCGACAACGAGAUGAAGACAAUCAGCAGCAAAUUCUGCUCCAUCUUCACCCAACUCAGGGAGCUGGAUCUGCAGGGGAACGUCCUGAAGAAGCUUCCGGAUGACGUGGUGCAGAUGGAGACUCUGAGCAGCAUCAAUCUGUCCAAGAACCAGUUCAGCGAGUUUCCACAGAAGCUGACGGAGAUGAAGCUGGAGCGGAUCGACCUGGAGGGAAACAACAUCUCAGAAGUCCCGGUGGAGCGCUUGUUGUCGAUGUCUUCUCUGAAAUGGAUCAACCUCAGAUCAAACCCUUUGAGCCCAGAGACUCUGAGCGCUCUGCAGACGCCUCACAGCUUUGAACUUAUCCUCAACUAA